GCGUGCCAGCCGGGGCCGUGGGCGGCGGCUCCGCCACCCAGGAAGCCCCUCCGCCUCCCCACCUGGGGCCCGGGUCAGCGCCGGCCCCGCCUGCCGAGCCCCGCGGCCGGCCGGCCGGUGUUUCCAGCGCUGACCGGAGGGCGCCGUGCUGCCCUCCGCGCCCUCCCCCUCCCUUCCUCGGGGACCUGUGAUGCCCGGGCUUCGGGUCUCCGUCGUGCUCUGGAUUCCUGACGCUGAGUGCGGGUUGCGUCCGAAGUCCUUUAGCGAAGCUGGGUUUUGCUGGUACUGGAACGCCUUCCACAGUGGCCCAGCCAGGGCCACCAUUCUCUGGAACCCUGGAGGCCCGCGCAGUCCGCUGCGGGCUGCAGGCCUCUGAGUGUUCACUUUGGCUCCUUUUCCUUUGUUUCUGCGUUUUAAUUGCUAUGAAAAGGAACGUUAAGGAUAUUUUGCAAUGGUUUCUGUCCCCUGUCCUGUUGUAGACCCAACUUCUCUCUAACUGGCCGGGGAGUAUCAGGGAGCAAAUGACGACAGCCUUGGGUGGUCUCCCGCCCUGCCUUCCUCCUGUGCAGACCAGCUGAAGCUGCCCAGUGCAGGGGAGACGGACAUCGGGGAGGGCAGUGGGGAGUGGGAACAGGAGAAUUCCCAGACCCUGGCUGGUAAACCGUCUUCAGUGGGCUCCUUGUGCCCUCCUGCUAUGCCACUCAGGGUUUUGAGCAAAACACCGUUAACCCUGAGGAGUUGAUGGGAGUCAGCAAGACCUUCUGGCUGGCUGUGGAGUGGAUGAAAGUGUGUGAUCCCUAAUGCUUUUUUGUUCAGAACUGAAUGAAUCAGGGUAUCAUUUAUUUCCUGCAGUGAACAGUUACUGGUGGUGCAGUUCGGUGAAUCUCGCCGAUACCAUGCUCCUGUCUGGAUGGGGGCACGAUGUUUGCACGAGGCUUAAAGAGAAAAAGCCCCGAGGAUGGGGAAGACAUGGAAGGAGGGCUGGCAGGCGCUCGGGCCACGCCUUCCUACAGCCUGCAGCGCCAGUCGCUCUUGGACAUGUCCCUGGUCAAGCUCCAGCUGUGCCAUAUGCUGGUGGAGCCCAAUCUCUGCCGCUCGGUCCUCAUAGCCAACACAGUCCGGCAGAUCCAGGAGGAGAUGAGCCAGGACGGGACCUGGCGGGUGGUGGCACCCCAGGCGGCAGGGCGGGCGCCACUGGACCGCCUCGUCUCCACUGACAUCCUGUGUCGCUCGGCGCGGGAGCAGGAGGGGGAGCACCCUGCCCCUGACGUGGGAGAUGGCCACAUGGCAGACCUGGUUCCAGGACUUGCUGUGGUCCCCUCUGCACAGGCCCUGAGGAGCCCGCAGAGCAGCCUCUGGGAAGUGGACAGCUCUCGAGAAAACAGAGGCGGCUUUCAGAAGUCCCUAGAUCAGAUAUUUGAAACGCUGGAGAAUAAAACCUCUGGUUCUGUGGAAGAGCUGUUUGCAGACGUGGACAGCUCCUACUACGACCUGGACGCGGUGCUGACAGGGGUGGUGGGCAGUACCCCGUCGGCCCACGCCAGCGGGCUCCAGGCCUUCGCCUCCGCGGCCGCCCCGCCUCCCAGUUCCAGCUGCAGGUCCGAUCUGGGUGAGCUGGACCACGCGGUGGAGAUCCUUGUGGAGACUUGAGAGGGCAGCUGUGCCCUGACGGGACACCUCGCGGACGGAUUCGUAAGGCAUCCAGAGUGCUUGGCCUGUGAUGCUCACUGCCCUGCAUCUGCGGGCUCAGCGCCUGGUUUGGGCUGGUCGUCCGAGCCAGUCUGACAUCUUGCUGGCCUUGGGCGCUCGUCCCCUCGGUCCUGCUGCAGCUCUGUGGAGGGCUCGAGUCGCCAGCUCUGUAUCCAGCCUGGUGUAACUUUAGAUAGCUGAAUUUUUUUAAAUUAAGUUUUGUAUGUUUUGGGCAAUAUUUUGUCUUAAGAUAUAUUUUUUAAACUUUUUAUACUUUUAUCUUUUUAGAUUUUUUCAGCUAUUUUCUUAAAAGUAUAUUUUUUCUAUAAACAUUUUCUGCUGCUACAUUAGAAACUUAUAACCUAACAGUUGCAGUGGGUGUAUUUCUUUCUUUAAGGUUUAAAUAAGGACUUUUUUACAUGAAGCUUCACUCCAUGUAGUGUACCUAGAUCGUUAAUUUUCACCUGACAUUUGUGUGAACCGUCUCCUGUCCUCUGUGACGAUUAGAGCACCUUGCACAGCCCCCCCUCUUCUUCCUGAGUGUCAUUACCAGAUCUGCUGUGCCAGCCCUGUCCCCUUAUUACGUGGGGAUUUCGGGAGGUUUUAUUUAUGCCUAUUUAUAUGUAUAUGUUGGAGGCGAAGGUCAGGGGCCCUGAAGAUCGCGGGCACCCCAGGUGUCUCAGGCAGUGCCUUCGGAGGAUCUGACUCUCGGGGCCCCUCUUGUGUGGUUUUCCCAGUACGACGGGCCUCUUAUUGGAAGAUGCUGCCCUCCAGCGUGCCUGGCCGCUGUAGAGGGCCCCCGACUGGGAUGGACAUUAAUCAAGAGAAACCUCACCAGAAUGGAGUGGGGAGGCCUGAAGGGGGCUCUUGCUCCGUCCCACUGGACAUCAAGGAUUCUCAAUCACAGACCCAGCGGAAGAAUCCUCAACAGGAAAGAGUUAAGUACAGGCCCCACAGGAAGAGAUGCGCAUUGCAUCUCCCACCACAAACUGCACCUCAGCCCAAGAUGAGCCCUCAUCACCACCCAGGACUCCCACCCGCUUCUCUCCAGCUUCCUCCUUUCUCCAUAAAUAAUGUUCCUCUCAUUUGUUUGUUGGACUUGCCUAUGGUUCUGCCAUAGCAGGUUGCAGUUCUGUUAUUCUUGAAUAAACCCAUUUUACUGGUAAAAAGGUCAACACUAGCCUGCCUGCUGGACCCACAUUUGCUGGGCUGGUGUGCUCAGAGGCUGCCAUGUGCUGGGUGUGUGUGGAAAGGGUGCUGGACUGGAGAGUGCCCACGCUUGCUCUAGGGUGUAACUGUGAGGUUAAGUCUAUUAAGUCUGGACACUUGUCCUGUAUGACUUCUCAACCCCGAGGGUGGUUGACGGGGUUGGUGGAGCAGUGCCGCUAAAGUGAGCUUUGGGGUACCCCGCGUGCUCCCCGUGACCCUGCCCUGGACACUGGGAACACCCACACCUUUGAUUUUUCUCACUGGUUUACAAGUAAGCCUGCACUCUCUGCCCCACCCCUGCCCAGCUCCUGCUUGUCCUGCUUUUUCUUUACCCAAAGCUGUUUCCUUUCCUGCGUAAGAUCUUUCUUUAAUAUCAGCCAUGUACCUGUUGCUUUAUUAAAAAAUCACCCAGCAAACAAAAUGGAAAUGUGUUCGUUGUCAGCUACACCAUAAUCCUUGAGUGGAUCUUUUUUCCUAGGUCAGUUCAGCUGGAUUACCUAUUUCACUUGCAUGUGUUAAAUCGGCGGUUUGCCGAGCACACAGGCUUCGUCGUUCAGCACCCGCUCCCUGCCCCAGUUUUGGGGCUGGAGGGAGGGACAGUGCCCUUGGAGGAGCCAGCAGCAGGCUGAGACCACGGGCUGCUUCCUUCAGAUUCUAAGCAUGCUUUCUCCUCGCGGAAAAUAACGUCUCUGUAUUUUAAUAAACAGUAAGCCUGAAA